GUAAAGCAAUGACCUGCUUUCUGAGUACCGUCUUGGCUCCCGCAAGAGGAAAGUCCCGUCGACAGCUUCACCACUUGGCCGAGCGACGGAUGUGAAACGGAAAUUGUGAAGUUUACGGUUGUUGUUUGAAGCAGAUUUCUGUUUGGGUUAUCGUUAUCAAACUGCCGAGAUAGGGGUGCAAGGUCCCACAUGCUGACGUUCUGGCCAAUCAUAUUCUGCUCGCAUGCCUGCCGGGAACCGUGCCCCUGUUGCGCGUUGAGUCGUGGCCGAUCUCUAGUGUAGCAGCCUGGCGCAUUCGAUUAAAAAAGAGACCACGAUAUCGUCCUGGAAUCUGGACAGAUCGACUUGGCGGUCUCCUCGUCUUAUUUGGCCCUGCGCCUGUCGCCAUCAUCGUCGUCAUCAAUUUCAAGCAGUCAGCAUGCCUACAAUGUGGUUAUCAGACUCGCAAAGCGGCUUCUUCCUCAUAGGUGGCGUUCUCCUCUUCUUCGACCGGGCCAUGCUAGCAAUGGGCAACAUCCUCUUCCUGAUCGGCCUGACGAUAAUCAUUGGCCCGCAAAAGACGGCGCUCUUCUUUGCGCGCAAGCAAAAAGCCAAGGGCACGGCCGCCUUCUUUGGCGGGCUGGCCCUCAUCCUGCUGCGCUGGCCGCUGGUGGGGUUUCUGGUCGAGCUGUACGGCAUCAUGGUGCUGUUUGGCGACUUUCUCAGCACCAUCGCCACGUUUGCCCGCAACCUGCCCGUCGUCGGCCCCUACAUUGGCAUGGCAGUGGACCGGACCGGGUUGGGGAGUGCGCCGAGGCGGAAUGCCGAGUUGCCUGUUUGAGUAGCCGAGGAUACCUUUUUGUCUGCAAAUCGCGAUGCGGUUGAAAAAUCGUGGGAAUUGGGGGCGGGAGGUGCAAAGCAUUGAAAAGCGGACGUGCUGCUGGGGAUAUAUUGGCCGAGGAAGAGGAUGAUGGCGACAAAGCUCAUUGAUCAAAAGCGUUUCGGUGACUGGG